AUGAAUAAUUUUCGAUUUCUUGUCGAUCCAGUUUUCAGUGAACGAUGUGGAAUAACACCGUCUACCGGUCCGAAACGUUUCCGUCCACCGGCAUUAAGGAUAAAUGAUCUACCCGAUGAUCUUGAUGCUAUACUUAUUUCACAUAAUCAUUUUGAUCAUCUCGAUUAUUCUAGUGUAAAAAGUUUAAACAGACGCUAUGGUGAACAACUAACGUGGUUCUGUGGCCGAGGUACUCGACAAUGGUUUCUCAAUAGGCAUGUACACAAUGUUGUCGAACUCGAUUGGUGGGAAGAGUAUCAUCUUUUGAAGAAAGAAGUGAACAUUGCUUUUUGUCCAGCUCAACACUGGAGUCGUCGUAGUGCAUUCGAUUUGAACAAAUCUUUGUGGGGUAGUUUUGCUGUUUGGGAUGCUACACACAAAUUUUAUUUCGCUGGAGAUACAGGUUAUACUCAUAACAUUUCAAUUUUUCGACACAUUGGUAAAAAAUAUGGUCCAUUCGAUUUAAGUGCUAUACCGAUCGGUGCUUACGAACCACGAUGGAUGAUGGAAGCUCAGCAUGUGUCACCAGAUGAAGCUGUUCAAAUACAUAUUGAUGUUCGAUCAAAAAAAUCGAUNUUUUCAUGUAUCUCUAUUCUAGUUUUUCAGGUGAUCAGUAUUCUUGCAAUCUUGCCCUCGUAA